AUGAGAACAGGGACAUUAGCCAGUCCGCCACCGCAAGAUACCGAAAGACUGUGUGAAAUAUCCACAACGGAGCUGCUGCAGGCAGCUGAGUUCUUUCGCGACAAUUUUGGUUCGACCUUGCUGUUUUUCUUUGAUCCGCUCACGUUUUCAACCCGAUUUAGCAAUAGAGAGCUGUCUCCAAGUUUGACUUUCGCGGUACUUGCUCUGACUUCUCGAUUUGGCCCUUGGAGCUCUGCAGACGAGUCGUGGAAAUAUUACAGCCAUGCUCAAGCGCUGCUGCAGAGAACCGGCGAUGAUAUAUCACUUCACCGAGUCCAGACCUAUCUUGUUCUGUGUGUCUAUGAGGUCGGGUGUGGGCUUGAAUUCAGAGCUUGGAUCCAUAUAGGAAAUGCAAUCCGCGUGGCUCAAAUCCUUCGCCUGCCAGUGAUGGAUCAGCGUCCUUCUCCAUUUGACUGGGGCAAACCGGAACCAACCGUGAACGAGGACCGCGUGACUCAAGAACUUCAGCGUCGGACUUUUUGGAGUUGUUUUUUCCUCGAUAAACUUCUUUCGAAUGGCCGAGAUCGACCAAGUGGAAUUCAAGAGAAAGACAUUUUCUGCGACCUUCCCGUCUCCGAGGAAGAUCUCAUCUUUCGAAAAUUCGACCAGUCUUUGGCAUUGGGUGACCCCGAGUUGUGUCAGAAAGGGCGGCAGAAUCUUUACAUCUUUCUAAUCCGCAUACUUCUCAUACUGGGUGAUAUCACUGCUUGGCAUGGCAGAGGUGGUCGGCAUGCCGAUGAACGAGCUCCGUGGGAAAAGGAAAUGCCCUUUACGGUGCUUGACGACCAGUUGAACGAAUGGGAAAAGCAAAUGCCGACCCAUUUUCAUUAUUCCCGGGAAUGUUUCGCGGCCCUGUCCAUGGUCAGCACCGCCCAAUUGAAAAUCUGGGGUUUGACUUAUCUCUUCUUCUUUUUGGCGAAAGCCAGUCUUCAUCGGGAAUAUUAUCCUUUUGUUCCGGAAAAAGGCUACGCGCCUUGUGAGUGUCCCUUUGACCCGGUAUCAACACCAAGCAACUGGGGAAAUCCCCCGACAGGCUGGCGAAAAGAGUCUGUGAGAAAGCUUCUCAGCAGCUCUCAGUCAAUCAUUGAAUUAUAUGGCUGGAUGAUGACGAAGCUGUCCCCUUUUCCUGGUGUCUACCCAUUCAUGGGUCUAUGUCUGAUGACAUCGGCGAGUGUCAAUUUGUUCUUUACAUCUCUCGAUGAGGAUAUCGCUGACCAAUCUCGUUGCCAACGAUCCACUGAGUCAAGUUUGAAAGAGGGCAUCGAUGCGAUGCAGAGUCUGAAGCAAUUUUGGGAUCUCCCCAGAUAUUGGAUCAACCAAAUCUCAUUAUAUCGUGCCCUACUCGAGAGGUCCAAAGAAGUCGACGAGCCAAUCUCAAAAGAAGGGUUCCGAAAACUCACCGAUGGUAUUAUGAACUACCUGCGUGAAUCUCGGGGCACGGGGGACAAGCAGGAUGCCAAUAUGCCAGCCAGUCAACUGCCUGAAACAACACUCACUCUCCCCGGUGUUGGCGUUCAAUUAAAGUAA